CUUCGAAGGGGAUGUUUUCUUUGCUGAUGUAAUCGAUCUUCUGCUUCUUCUUCUUCUUCGAUUGGAUCAUUUGUUGUUUUUCUGGUUUGGAUCAAUUUCAGCGUGAGAUUGGUUACAGGUUGAUUUGCAGUAUUGGAUUUUGGAUUUCUUUGGGAAACAGACGGCUGCGUUCUUAACCUGUUAGUCUAUUAAACAGGUUCCGAGUUUGAUUUUAAAAAUCGCUCUUUUUCGUAAUAUUAGAUCUGAACUUGUUGUCUCAUCGGAGUUUAGUCUCCAUUUUGAGUCAAAGGGCCAAAAUUCUGAACUUUAGAUCCAUCUUCUCUUGUUUUAUGACAAUUUGGGUAGAUCUGAGUUGGAUUCUGCGUUUCGAGUUUUGGGCAAUGUAGAGGUUUCCCUUGGAGUUGUUCAUAUGUUGUCGGGUAGCCUCUUAAUGAAAGCGCAGGGAUAUAUGUUUUGUGUGUAGUAAGGAAGAUAGCUGCUGUUUUUCCUCGAAUAUGGCUUCGAUCGUUGUUAGCCUUGGUUCCAUUGUCAUGAGCUUGGCAAUAGUUCUUAUGGUUCGGAUUGUGUAUGUUAUAUACCAGUGUGGCAAACCCUUUCGUAGAGGAGCAUCAAAGUCUUUUAGUACUCUCAUUGUUCUAGGUUCUGGGGGGCACACAGCUGAGAUGUUGAGUCUACUCUCUGUUUUGCAGAAAGAUAGAUUUAAGCCGAGGUUUUAUAUUACUGCAGCGACGGAUAAUAUGAGUCUCCAGAAAGCUCGUGCUUUUGAAGAUUCGGUAGCUGAGAAGGAAGGUUCUCCACAGUUCAUGCAGAUCUACCGGAGUAGAGAAGUUGGCCAGUCUUAUGUGACUUCUGUUUGGACUACCCUUGUUGCUAUGGUUCAUGCUCUGUGGCUAAUGAUUGGAAUCAGACCACGAGUGGUUCUAUGCAAUGGUCCCGGGACCUGUAUUCCUCUGUGUGUAAUCGCUUUCUUGUUCAAGGUCUUUGGAAUUAGAUGGUCAUCCAUCUUUUAUGUUGAGAGUGUAGCAAGGGUGAAAAAGCUCUCACUAAGUGGCCUCAUUCUUUACAAACUGAGGGUGGCUGAUCAAUUCUUUGUUCAAUGGCCACAACUUCAAAAGAAGUAUCCUCGAGCUCAUUACGUCGGAUGCCUUAUGUAAAAUGAUUGUCUCUCUAUAUUGGUACUCUUCUUACACCUAGAUUUAGUUACAGUCAUGUGAGAUAACUAGAAACUCUUCUGCUUUGUUUCCAGGAUAUGCAUUACAUUUUCAUAAUAGAGGAUUAGUUGCUACGGAAACAAGCUGUUAAAUAUUUAACUUUUGCAAUUGAACUUCUCUGAAGAACAGUUGUUGAUGAUAA